AGAAGUAACUGUUACUCGGUGUAAUGAUUGAAUUACUUUUAAUAGAACCGACCCAAAAACAAUACUGUUGUACAUUACUACUCUAAUCUGUAAAACUUAGAUGGAAGGAAUAAAUUCAAUAGUAUACAUGUAUACUAUUAACCUUCUUCUUUUUUGAGAAAGGGUUUUGACAUGUACUAUUCCUUCCUUAAUUAGUUUCCUCUCAAAAUCGCAUUUACUACAGAUACAUCAUCCAACGAUGUAACAGCUUCGUGCCGCGUGUACUAACUCCAAAGUUAAAACACAAGAUUCCAAAAAAAUGUUAUAAAGUUGACAAAAAAGAUUUUCAUGGACCCAUACGUAUAUUACCAACGUCCGCCUAUAUAAACCCUAAACGUCGUCUGUUUGUUUUCAAAUCUUCACAAGACUUUCUAUCCUUUGACGUGGGAAUGAAUUAUUAUCAGUUUGAUCCCACGAGAAUGAAUAAUUCAGAAAAUGUUCAAUCUUAUGUUCAAAACGAAAAUUUCACCCCUGUUUCACAACCAUCUUACUUGACAAGAGAUCAAGAGCAUGAGAUCAUCGUCUCUACUCUGAGACAAGUGAUAUCCAGCCCCGGUGGUGACACUUCUUCAUCAAACUGGAUCGCUAGUGAAGCUCUUCCGCCUCCGGACGCUGGCCCUUGUCCUAUCUGUGGUGUCACCGGUUGCUACGGCUGCGCUUUCCCACGGCCCGCAGAGAUAAAGAAGGAGAAGAAGCACAAAGGAGUGAGGAAGAAGCCAUCAGGUAAAUGGUCGGCUGAGAUAUGGGAUCCAAGUAUAAAGGCAAGGAGGUGGCUUGGAACGUUUCCCACCUAUGAUAUGGCAGUGCAGUCUUAUGAAGAAGCAGAAUAUGAAAUUGCUGGAAGAAGGUCGGCGUGAAGUGACUCAGGGAGAAGGAAGCGUUUACCGAGAAGAUAUACGUAUAUGAUUGAUCAUCCCGGCUAUUUUCUUUGAAUAAGAUCCAAACUUUUCUGUUAAGACUUUGGAAUGUUAUAUGGUCUUGUUACUAGAAAACAGACUAUAAGACUUGUGUUGUUUUUUUAAUAUAUAAAUAUAGUCAUAUUCCUAAAACCACACAUGACUACAUGACCAUUGACCACACAUGUAGCGCACAGUAGUGUGAAGUCAACGAAUAUAACAAGGAAAAAAAGUAAGAGAAAAAGGUGUACACGUGUGGUAUCCCGCCAUGAUUUGAAUUUACAUUACACCCAUGCAGUCGUUUUCCCUUCCUAGUUUGUGUAAACAUAUGUACUCUUUUUAUUUUGUAAAUAACAUAACUUUUUUUUUAAAAAACCUUCACAUCACUUUGAUCAUUUCCAGCUCUUACUAAAUCGAUCGCUGAUUGACCAUUGAUUGAUACACUCUGGCGUUUAGCAGAGCUUGAGAAAUCAAACGUAAGUAGCAAGCAACGAGUGGUGGGGAUAACUAAAGGAUCAAACGUACAUAAAGAAAAAAGAAGUUGUGUUGAUCAAAUGCAUUUUAUUGCUCAAAUCCUUUGUUUAUAUCAGAAACCCAAGAUGUGUCACAACGAUCUACGUAACGGUUAUGAUUCAAAUCACCGUUUUAUAAAUCAAAUUAGUUCAUAAGUAUAAAACCUUAAUUACCCCUAGUCCGGUUAACUUGGUAUUCCAAUUCGGUUUUGAUAAUCAUAACGGAGCUGGCCCGUCAUAUACAAACUGAUACGUUCUAUAUUCACGUAUACGUCUCUAGUAUAACGAUUUUCAUGAUUAUUUUUGAAAAAAUAAAUAUAAAGAUUUUGAAAAAUGAUAAGAAGCAAGAUAUGAUGAACUUGCAUUGCAUGUGAUGGGAUGGGGAAGCUAAGCCUAUUGAAUUAGGGGCGGUAAUUAGUAGAUAUAAAUAUAUAAUUAGCAUUAAAUAAAUAUUUUCUCUAUUAACCAAAACAAUAAACUAUAAUCAUUAACUUCUACAGUAAUAUCUCUCUCGUAACUUACACAAGACAUCUAAUGAUUUAGACGGCUCACCAUCUCCGAGAAGUAAAUACCCACUUCCCACUCCUCUAUCUAUACAUAUAAGCUAAAGCGUUUAUACAUUCCAAAUAAAUAUAAAUACACACGUUUCGUUUUCUUCUUCUGUCACUUGAAAAAAUCGUUACUUUUUAUCAACCCCAUCUCACUCGAAAUGACUGAUCAUAAACAACUACGGAACUGGUCACAGUUUGAUGACUAUGAAUUCAUCCAAGAAGAAAACUUGUUCUCAUUAUUCGAUCACUCACUUUCCUUCGAUUACAAGUAAGUUCACAAGGGUUGUACUGUUUUAACAAAAGAAGGGGAAAGUAGUUUGUUUGUAUUAGCAAUUGAUCUAAUAUAUAUGAUCUCUUGGUUGUUUGACUUUGUGCAGUUCGUCCACUAACAACCCUUUAAGUGAUAUCCAAACCCAAACUUGGUUUUCUUUCCAAGACAUCAUUAAUGUUGAUCCUAUCUCUACUUGUUUCUUGGCUGGUGAUCAUACGUUUAUGGCUUCAGAUGAUGUUCAGGCCAUUUCUACCUUUUCUCAAGGUAUAAAAGUAUGAAUACAUACAUAUAUACAUGCUUGGAUUAUGAUACUAAUCUUCUGACGUGUAACAGAUGUGUUUAGUGGAUCGUGGAAUGAAAUUACUGGUAAUUUCAAUAAUCAUUUUGAACCAAUUAGAAAUGAAAUGUCAAGCAUAGGGGUUCCAAACAUGGAGAUGAUAUUGCACGAGAGUAACAACACAAUGAAAGAGAUAACAUGCUAUAAGAGGAGAGAGAGAACAGAUGGAGUACUCGUCAAGAGCUUGUCAAGAGAAGAAAUCAAGCCAUACUUCUACAUGCCGAUAACUAAAGCAGCCAAAGAGCUUAACGUUGGACUAACCCUUUUGAAGAAAAAAAGUCGUGAGUUGGGUAUUUCUCGUUGGCCUCACCGCAAGCUUAUGAGCAUUCAGGGCAUCAUUACUAACCUCCUGGUGAGUUCACACACAUGUCACAUGUGUAUAUACAUAGUCAAUAUGCCUUUCACAUGGGGUCACACUUAUAUAUAACGUGGUGAUCUUUUUUAUGAAAGGAUCACUUAGGAAAGACGGAGGAUGAAAGGAUCAGGAGCAAGCUGACGAAAGCUCUGAAGAUUUUGGAGAGGGAGAAGAAAAUGAUUGAGGAGGAUCCUAAUUUGGAAUUUGGGGAUGAGACUAAGAGGUUAAGACAGGCUUGCUUUAAAGCUAAUUACAAACGAAGACGGCUUUUGUCUAUUUCUAACACAUCUUUUUUUUCGUGAG